AUGCUACUGGAAGGCAUCCAGGGCUUCGCUAUGGCCCCUGGACUCCCCAAUAUCGACAACCACCCCCUAGACCCAGGGGGGCAGGCGCUAGGUCUGGUGAACCCCGUAGGGGCCUAUAUAGGCACCCCAGCGGGGACAGCACCACCAGCACCCCCCGAGGCAAGUGCAACAGUCCCUCAGAGCGAGGGCUUCUUGCCUAGCCUGGAAAUCAACCCUAGGGAGUUGUUUCCCCCCCUAAGCAGCGUGCCAGGCUCCCAGGAAGCACCUAAAACUCUAGGGAAGAGACUACAGGAACACAGCCCUAACAGGGCAGAAAGAGCCCCCAUGAAGGCCCUAAUCGGCCCAGCCUACAAGGACAUGGAACAGGCCUUAUUAGGCCACUUUGCAAGCAGCAAUAGCGCGCUGCACGCGGAGAUGGCCGCUAUGAAGGCCUAUAUAACCUUUCUGGUAGAGGCUAUGGAGCAGCGCCUCACAGGCUAA